AUGCCAUUUGUUGUCCAAGAUGUUCUUCAGUUCAAACGUACCGAACGUCAAAUACGUGAAAAUCACGAACGAGAAUAUUCGAAAUAUAUUUCAACGGUCCGUCAACAAGUCCUUAGUACAAAUGUAUAUUAUUUAUCGGAUGAACACGUUAAAGAAGUUGAACUUUCGCGAUUAAGAUUUAGUUUCGAGAAGAAAAAACAAUAUGAACGUAUUAAACGUGAAAACAAUGUUCUAUCUGAACGUUUAUACGCAGCAAGAAAACGUGCAAUGGUUGACGAUAAAAAUCAAACGUACAAAAAAAAUUUAGAUAUAUUCAAUGCAAAAUAUUCUCAACAACGCAUCAUCGACUAUAAACGUAUUAAUAAUGAGAAUGAUGCUCUAAUGAAACGCUUCAAUAAUGUAACUACAAAUCUAGUCGAUAGAAAUCAAUGUGAUCAGCAAUGGCGAAAACAUAUAGAAAUUAUGAAAAAAUCUUGUGAAUAUCCGGACAAAUUGGAGAGAUUUGUUUCCAGUGGUAAUAAACACCGGCCCAAACAAAAAUGUGAUUGGGAUAAACGAUAUGCUGUUAUGCUUCGAAAUUCAUCACAAUCAACAGAAAAUCCACUAAAUUUACUAAUGCAACUAUCUGAAUAG